AUGCGAUACUUCUUAGGUCACCAUCAUACGCAUAACCCUAGAUCUGACCAGGGGGUCAGAGAUCGACAGUUGCCUCAGGAGAGUGAGAUGGAUCUGAAUGAUCAAUCGACAGUUUUCGACGGUGCUGAUAAUAACAACCCGGACUUCGAUCGCAUAACUAUAAGCACCACAACGUCUGAGAGUGAAACAAUUGGCGAUCUGCGAAGACAGGGAUUUGUAAAUAGGUGUCCCCGAUUUAACGCCAUACGGACCAUGCCAUUGACAUCAAUAGUACUAUCGAAGGGGUUCUUCUGCUUUCCUAGUGAAGCAUCCUUUAUGAAGUACCUCGACAACAAGCGGAAGUUCAAUGAAUUGGAAACGACAAGUGGGUUAGGUAUACCCCUUUACCAUGCCCUUCCCUUGGGAGUUGUGAAAACACUAUUCAGUCGCAAUGCACCGGACAUAAAAAUAUACAAAUAUGUAUUAAUAAACACUGAGAAAGAAAAGCCUCCCAUUGACGGAACGUUCAUAUCUCAAAAUGGAUCAUUCGUACUUUACAAGUACUUGUUUUGUGCUGUAUAUCAAAAUAUCUUAGAUGACUAUAGCAGAAUCGAAACAAGAAUGGAAUUUUACAAGCAGCAUGAGACAGACCCUUCAAUUGAAGCUGUACGAAUGGCUAACUAUGUCCAAAGAAGAAAUACCGACGCUAAACUGAAUGGUCUCAAUUUGCGGUGGUACGGCACUACGGGCUUCGCUUCACCCUUUGGAAGUGGUAACUUAAAGCUGUUUGUACUCGAUGAUAAAAUGCCAUCAUUCGUGGAUCAACAAACAAGAAAAGAAUAUGAUGAAUACUCGGCAAAAUACAAUGGCAGAAGAUUGGGGCAAAUGCCAAUAUGGGCACUGUACUCGGAUUCAUCCUCUACAGUAAUACCAAAAAGACGUACUUUAAGGCUAGCCACUCUUGAAAUUGGAGAGCUAAAGAACAAUGACGCUGCCUUUUCGGAGGGAAUACUCGAUAUUCCCUGGGAAACUGAAGCUGUGGCAUGCAUGUGCAUGGUUUUGCAUGAAUACGAGUCAAGAAAAGACAAAAGAACUGGGAAAUUCGGAGCUCCUCCUGCGAUAGGAAUGCAAUUUUAG